AUGCAUCGCCCAGGUCUUUCGCUGUGUAAUCCCUGCCACUUCGUCUUCUUUCUUCACGCAUCGACUCAUCUGCCCCGUUCACUUCUUGGUUUUACUAUUUUUUCAUCACUGUUUCUUGACGCCAGGUCUCUCUCACCCCCAGAUUCUUCUUAUGCAUAUAUGCACACACCAACGAUUUAUUAUUUUUUGGCUGCAUAUCCUUUCUCUCACCCAUGUCGAUAACCAGAUUUUAUCACACAUAGAUGUGUGCUUUUUUGGCCCCAUCCUAACUUCUGCUCGCUCAGACGACGCGCACGAUGUCUAUCGCUGCCAGAGUAUCAUGCGUACACUGACACACCACCAUGUUUCAUUAAGUACUUCGACGAAUUGUGCCUAUGGGUGGUUUUAUUGGUGAAAGGAUGCAUGAAUCCCGAUGAUAAUUAGGCGCCGAAUUAAUUUGGGCUGUUUUUCCUCCUCGUGUUUUUUUCAAGUUCUUUAUACGGAACUCUCCCUACCCUGCCCCGUGAUGCGGAGGCAUCUGGAGACUAUGCCGAACCUUACUUUGUAUACUUUCGAAUAACAGCAUAUUAAGAUAAAUUUUCUUCAAAUAAAUUGAAACCUGUUUAACAGGUAUACUGCUCACUCUUGUUUUUUUGUAUUCUAAAUUGCUGCUUCCCAAAAAAAUGCACAUUCAUGAUCAAGUUUACUAUGUCCACCUGCUCUCUUGUUUGUAUCUGCCUCCGCCAAUUGAAGCGGCACAUGCUUGAAAUUUUGUGAAUAUGUCUCAUGAGUACCAAAGAAACUGAAAGUGAGCAAAUGUGCAUUGCAGGAGCUUCUUUUGGGGCGUACUGAUCGUACAGUGACAGCCUUCAAUGAGCUAUUGAAGUACCACGGUUUAGUGACAAUGCAUUUGACGUUGUAAAGGUAUGCGUUCAUAAGCAUGGGAGCGAGACUGACAUUUACGGUGUGAGGUGUGUGGCCGACUUUGGUCGACGUAGUUGCACUAGUUUAUGUUAUCAAGCCAUGAAAUAGAAGCGUGGGAGGCGACGCCGUAACUUCAGGGACUGUCAUGUUUGUGCGUGGGUGGGUGUUGGUGCGUGCGACCAAGACUGGAGACAGCAUGCUCUUGCAUGGACCGUUGUCAACCCACGUUUAGACGACGACCUUCUGCGCGACGUUCUGUGCAGGUCGAUCACGCUUUUCAGCCUCGCAAGCGAUUAA